AUAAUCAUCAGUCCCUUGAACAUUGUAAGGGUUUGUUGAUAAACAGGGUCGCUGCCAGGGCCGCGCCUCCAACCCGGAACGGCCCUGUGUGACAACAGGGGGCGAGAAUACAUGGCCGUACACGUUGUAUGAUGCAGAUGGGGAUUGAUCGUUGUAUCUCAUUCCCCCAGCAGCUCGAUGGCAACAGGUCUACAUGUGCGGAUAGCCUAUGCUGUUACGUGGCAGAGCAAACUCGGGGGCCCUUGGCCUGUGUUGACGUUGGGCAAGCAACGGACAGGGCCCGUGUAUUAUAUUUCUCGGUCUCUGAGUCUACGGCAGGGAUCUCGUGCUGCUCUGCUUCGUCCGUUCCGGGGAGUCUCCAUCCCGUUGUGACCCCCGUCGUCGUCACCUCCGGGGCCGGGAGGGACGAGACGAAAGGUAGCGAGCGAGCGAGCGAGCCCGAGGGUCAAGGGCAGCUCGAUGAGAUGCCCUUUUGGUGGAGUAUCUUGACUUCGAUCCUGUAUUUUAGCGUUGAAGAUCGAAUAAGCACCUCAUUCUUCGUUCAGACCACCCGCUUUCCUGCGCACCAUCUGACUUUGAUGCAGAAAUGCCGCUGUAGGGAGAGCCCGAGAUGCAACCCCCGGAGGAAGCCAAGGAAUCCCUCGGGCGGUCGUGUUGCCCACUCCAGUCUCCAGGUAUCCGUAAAAAGCAUACCAAAGUUCAAGGGCAUCGAUCGGAUACAGGUCGAGACAAUUAAAGUUGAUAUUCCUUGGAAUGGUAAAUAACGGGUGGCCAGCCCGCAGGCGCUAGAUAAUAAGCGUUGCACCUUUCCAGGAUAUUGAAAUUUAUGUUUGAGACUUUGAGACGUGAUGGAUCUCGUGUAGCAUCUACAGUAGAUACAAUAGGGCAUUGUAGUGGAGGUUAGGUGAGGAAUUGCAGCUUGUUCAAGAUGCGGCUGUGAACCAACUGUGUCAAACCAAUUUCACCAGAUUGAAGCCGUCCCUAAGUUUAGCAAAACUAUCAUCCACCAGAGGAUCCUCACCUUGACCUUAGGUCCGAUGUACUAAUGCUAAGUCAGUGUCUAUGAUAUCAGAUUCAGGCCAUUGAAUCAACUAU